AUGAAGUUUAUGGAACCUCUCGCCCAAGAGCUCAUGAACUGCAUUGCAGCCAAAGUGCCGGUGCAAAAUUCGGAUGCCUCGGAAGAACUCGCCAAGGCCAAGGCCAAAUUGGCCCAGCAUGGCAUUGAGAUGUCUCCUUUAAAGCGCAAAUCGGAGUCUGAGCCAAGCUCCUCUGAUCAGCAAGGCAAGAGAGCUAAGCCUCCAAUGCCCGUUGUGGAUGUUGAGUCAAAACCCCUUUCUGAUGUUGAGAAGCUCCUAGCUGAGCCAAAGAGGAUGCUGGAUUCUCGCCCCAAAGGAGCCACAGAUGACCAUGUCACUGAUUGGCUCAACACAUUCAAGACCAAGCCUGAAUUUAAAGGCAAGCAUGCCAAGCUGGUCAAGUAUGUCAAGAUCGUUCAAGAUUUGCUUAAGACUGGCACAGCCAAGGACGAGAUCGUCUCGGCAGCCGUCCGGUUUGGACUCGAUGCCAAAUUGGCAUCUCGCCUCUCUUUGAAGAACCUUUCUGCCACCAUAGCAGUGGCACAGCUCGAGGCAGCCUGA